GACCAGGAUAUUUUCACAUACAACUAUCUACUUACGUAUCUUUUACCAUGAAAUAAACAUCUCCCCCAAUGGCGGAAUGAAUUAGCUUUGAAUUUACAGACUCAUUGGUUAUCCACGCAACGUAUAUCAUCACCUGUUUUUUCGGCUGGUAUGAGGUGACGCGAAUGAGGCCCCAGUUGGCUUGGAGCAGCCAUGUACUGGCCCAUUGGAACCCCUCGUAUUUAUGCGACCACCACUAGCCAAGCUGCAGCGAGACCAAGGGCCGUCGUCUCUCACGAUGGCCUUGAGCCAAGUACAGGUGCCGACAACAGUUCUUUAUUGAGCACAACCCCGUCAACGUCUCGAAACGACGAAGACAACACUCCCAAGGAAGCCAACCUUGAUGUACCGCUGCAGGUCCCGCCGACGCCCUUCACACCCGCAACUCCGGCCGUCAACUCCGUCGAGCACGAUUACUAUCACGAUGUAUUUGCGCGAAGCUUCCAGGACCUGGCAGUGUCCGAUGGAGCUGCCGUGCCGUCCGGCGAGCCUAUUGUUGCCCUAAAAGUCUCUCGGACUGGUCAUUUAUUCGCUGUCAUAACGCCCACCACUAUGACGAUCUGGCAGACCAAGCCCACAGUUAUUCUCGCCGUGGUCGUACGCUCCGAGACUUCCAUCAAAUCUUACGGCGCCAACGUUGCUCUCUUGCUGCGGCCCGAUUCCGCCAUCUUCGUCGUCCAAACGAGCUCUGGUUACCUCAUUACUUACUCCCUCGCCACAGACGCCGAAUCCCGUGUGUACAAACCUCACUUCGCAGACCAUAAAAACAUUCAGAGACGGAGACAGAGUCAUUUUGGCGGCCCUGGGAAUACCGCCCCAGACCAGAUUUUGCUAGGGCCCGGCGAAGGGUCUGGCGUCCGCGACGUCAGCGUUCGUUUUCGUAGGGUCAUUAAAGUGGAUGCCGGAAUCGAAUGUGCGCUUGCUCUUGACGAUGAACUGGUCGUCGCUACCCGGAAACCCGCCGCCGUGCAGUGCAUACGAUGGACCCCCGACAGUACUGGUAGCCAGACAAGCACCGAACUUGUGAGUCGCAUGGGCUGGCUAGAGAAGAAGACUUGUAUUAAGGAGAUGACGCAUGACCGACCAAUGAACCUGUCCACUUGGAUUACCAGUGGUGGUAAAGCAUUUGCUGUUCAGCGUAGCUCAAGCGCGCAUGCUACCCAGUCACAAAAUAACGGUAAUGGCGAGGUGGACCCGAAGAAGCUGUUCAGAGGCUACUGCUUUCAUUCCCCGCAAAGCGAGAGUAGUCAUGCAGUGAGAGCAGUCAUCAAUGCAAGGUUCUCGCUCAUCGCAGUAGGCUGCGCCGAUGGAUCUAUCCACGUCUACUCUGCCAGGGACUACGUGGGCAAUAUUCCAGCUUCUCAUGUGCACAACAACCCCGUAUCACCAAAGGCGUCCGGAUCCCUGACUGCCUUGACCUACUCACCUGACGGGUAUUGCUUGUUUGCCGGCUAUGAGAAUGGCUGGGCAGCAUGGAGCGUGUACGGGAAAUCAGCAAGCCAUAGCUUUGGCGUCAGUACCUCGGUAGCGUCCAACAACAAAGAAGAGUGGCUGUUGGGCAUACGUGAAGCAUGCUGGAUAGGCGGUGCGUGUGAGCUCCUCCUCGUGGGUCGCCAAAACGAAGCCAUUUGGGCACUGGAGAUGGCACGCAGUGCCGUGACGGGCUGUUACAGCCCCCCCAAUCUGUUUCGGACCGUCCUGCAGAGCUCUUCUAGCGUCAUGGUUUACAGGGGCUAUGACCUCCCGGACCUGACCAGUAUUUCUGCGGAACCGUUCUUGUGGCACACCGCGAGGAUCCCGUCCAACUAUCUACUGAACCAAUGGCCGAUUAAAUGCACUGUCGUCUCCUCUGAUGGCAGGUAUGUGGCGGUCGCUGGUCGACGGGGUCUCGCCCAUUACAGUAUCAACAGCGGCAGAUGGAAGACAUUCGCCAAUGGAGUCAUGGAAAACGAGUUUCAAGUCAGGGGUGGGAUGUGCUGGUAUCAACACAUACUCGUGGCAGCUGUUGAAGCCAACAGGUCGUACGAGUUGCGUCUCUACUCUAGGGAAACGGCACUGGACAGCACAACGGUCAUGUUCACGCAGCAGAUGCCAGCCCCUAUUGUUUUGAUCACUCCGUCGGGUGAAGACUCACUUCUAGUGUACACAUACGACAACCUACUUUAUCAUUUUGUCUUCGCGCCCGUAGCUGGUGCGCUGCGGCCAAUCCAGGUCGGGCAAAUUGCUUUUCACGGCAUUGUCAGAUCACCAGCCAGAGUCCGAGGUCUCAGCUGGAUAUUACCAGAGAGCCAAUUAGUGGACGGUGACCCCUCUCAGGACGUUGCCGUGGCGUCGGUGCUUUUCUUAGUCGAUGGAAAACUCGUCCUGCUGCAGCCAUCCUUCAAUAACGAAGGUCACCUCAAAUAUGACAUGCGCGUCAUAUCACAGAACGUGGAAUAUUAUAUAAGCAUGAGGGACCAGUCGUCAGUGCAUAUGCUAGGCCAGCCAAACGAUCGCUUCUCUUUGGAAACCGAGGAAGUCAGUCUCCGAAAUGCUCUUUGGGUUUUCGAGGGUCAUGAGCUGAGAGCCUGGCCGGAUAUCCAGGACGUCCUAAGAGCUACGACAGACUCUACCAAGGAACUGCCUCCGACUGUGUUGAUAGCAGUUGAUUUCUAUCCCCUAUCUAUCCUCAUGAGCAAGGGCAUCAUUCUCGGGGUCGAGCCGGACUUGGUGCAACGGAGGGACAUCAACUUCUCCUUCUUCCGCUUUUCCAUUAGGACUCAUCUCUUUCUCCCCGCGAUCCUGCGGUUCCACCUGACAAACAACAAUUCCUUCGCUGCUCUGAAGCUAGCUCAAAAUUAUGAAAACUUAGAAUACUUUGCUCAUGCACUAGAAAUCUUGCUUCAUCACGUUCUCGAUGAGGAGGUGGACUCGGCACCGGCCCCCGAAGCGGCCAUUCUUCCCCGGGUACUGUCGCUACUAUCAUCGUUCAGACAGUAUCUGGACAUUGUAGUCCAGUGCACGAGAAAGACGGAGGUGAGAUCGUGGCGAACCCUUUUUGCAUAUCUCCCGCCACCGGGAGAACUGUUUGAAGAGUCGCUACAGCGCGGGUCCUUGAAAACGGCCGGCGGGUAUUUACUCAUCUUACACACGUUUGAAGAGCUCGACACGGCAUCAGAGCAGUCGGUCCGGCUAUUCUCCCGCGCAAUCCGAGAGGAGGAUUGGGAACUUUGCAAGGAAUUGGCUAGGUUCCUGGCGGCGAUGGAUGAGAGCGGCGAAACGCUGCGGGAGGCAAUGCAGCUGGUCAAUCUAAGGGUGGGACAGGACAGGGAUGAGGCGGAUUUGAUGACUAGACUUGGUGUGCCGUCGUCGCGAAGGUUGAAUGGGGGCACGAAACAGGACUCGGAUAUUGGUUCAGAUGUGCAAUCGGCGGCAGUAAGCGAAACGAGCAGUUUUGGGACUGCGAGUCCAUCGUAGUUAUGGCUGCGUAUAUGUAGAAAGUUGCAUAGAGUUGCUUGUAUUGGCGAAGGGGGAUCAAAUAACCAAGGUAUGGAAUGAAAGCGGGUAUCUAAAACGAGAGGUUUCUGUUCUUUUUGGAUUUGAUUGUUUCAAGAUCACCACGGCCCCUUUUUCUGCGUCGCUCGGAAU